CAGAGCCAGAACCAGGACUGCGGGCCGAACGAAGUGUACAACUCGUGCGGGAGUUCGUGUCCGGACACGUGUGAGAGUGUGUUGAAGGGCAACAAAUACCAACAGACGUGUACAAUGCAGUGCGUGAGCGGCUGUUUCUGUCGCGACGGACUCGUCAAAGACGGCUCAGGAAAGUGUGUGUCCACUGAUGUCUGUCGACACAAA